AUGGUUAGUUUCUCAGAUCAAGGUAUGUUUGGACCAGCUAUUCUUAUGAUCUUGAUUACAUUGUUUGAUUGUCAUAAUAAAUAUGCAGUUGUAAUCCUAUUGACAUUUGGAUUGUUUCUUAGUUCUGGUGUUUUCUCUGGUGGAAUGCUUAGUCCAAUUGAAAUUACACCAAAAUAUUCUGGUUUAUUAUUUUCUAUUUCUAAUUCAAUUGGUGCAUUGACAGGAUUUUUGAGUCCAAUUGUAGCAAAUGCUUUAACAUCAAAUAAAACUUAUACAGAAUGGCGUUAUGUAUUUUAUUUAGGUUCUGUAAUAUUUAUCAUUGCUGGUUUCUUCUUUCUUCUAUUCUCAUCAUUCAAUGUACAAUUAUGGGCUAUAGAAAUUGUCAAUCAUGAUAAAGAUAAUCAUUACUGCCUUACAAAUAAAACAUUCUCACAUAAAAUAUCCUUAUCAAAUGAACAACAUCAAGUAGUCAGUCAAUAA